AUACAGACUGUAAAGUAAAAGCACAACUUUAUCGGCUCCGAUGACUAUCAACAAAUAAACACAGAUGAAGUCAAAGUAGUUUUAUGCUGUCUUCAUUCGAUCUCCAUGAAUACUGUUCAGGAUUCCAAGACCAAUAUCCACAGUUUCUAUUUUAAGAAAGGAGAUCUGAAACCCAAGGCCAUCUCAUUGAGUGAUGUUGUGGUUGAUGUUUGCUUCAACCCAGUGAAAGAUGUUAUUGCAGCAGCUCACAUAGGAGGAGAUGUCUCUCUGCAUUCCUAUUCAGUUGAAGGCGACAACCAAGAUCUUCUGCUGCUGGAGCACCACAAGAAGUCAUGUCGAUGCAUACAGUUCUCGUCUGAUGGCAACAUCUUGUACAGCGGUUCCAAAGACAAGUCAGUUGCAGCUGUAGAUAUGAAUACUGGUGCUGUCACCUGGCACAAGAAAACAGCCCAUGAGUCAGCAAUUUACAGCUUACUUCUGUUGGGUGACCAUUUUCUGGCUUCUGGAGACGAUGACGGAACUGUUAAGGUGUGGGAUCUAAGAGCCAAAGAAGCAUCCAUGGAAUUAAAAUGCUGUGAAGAAUUCAUAAGUGGCAUGUCCAUUGACGAUGCCCAUAAAAUCCUGUUGGCUGCUUCAGGUGAAGGAACUCUUACUGCUCUGAAUGUGCGUCGCAAACGACUGGAACUUCAGUCUGAACUUUUUGAUUCUGAACUGCUAUCGGUUGCUAUAAUUAAGAAUGGGCGUAAAGUUGUUUGUGGCACUGGAGAAGGAGUCUUGAAUCUUUUCAACUGGAGUGAAUUUGGAAAUCUCUGUGACCGAUUCCCAGGUCAUCCGAUGUCCAUUGAUUGUAUUUGUCCCAUUUCUGAAGACAUCAUUUGUACUGGUUCUCUGGAUGGAGCUGUCAGAGCUGUACAUAUUUUACCAAACCGAUUUCUUGGAGUGCUUGGGCGACAUGCUGACUUUCCAGUGGAGAACUUGAGUUUGUCUCGAGACAAAAAGUUCCUGGCUAGUUGUUCUCAUGACCAGACUGUUAAGUUUUGGAACCUGGACAUUCUGUCGGAUGUUGAGGUGAAUAUCCAGGAGAAAGCCAAGAAAUCGAGUCGUAUGAAUCCCUUGAAUAAAGAAGACAACUUCUUUGCGGAUUUUGGGAAUGAACUUUCUGUUAAUACUUCUGUGAAUCCUGACAGCGACAGUGAAUCAGAGAGUUUCACUGAUAUGAGCGACAUUGAGAAUGCUGGCAGUGAAAAUGAGCAGAGCAAAAAGAGAAGAGCCAGGGAGACAGAUGAAGAGUCUAUAGAGAUUUCAGACAGCGAUGAAGAUGACAUUAGUGAUGAUGAUGUUGAUAUUGAUGAUGAUGAUGAUGAUGCAGGUGGUGAUGAUGAUAAUGAUGGUGGUGAUGAUAAGAAUUCUGAGGCUAAGGAUAUGAAAGCUGAUACUGAAAAAAAUACUUGUGAAAAGAGUGAAGAUAAGAAACCAGACACUUAAUGAUGAAAAGGCAAAAAGUGUUUGUUAUUGUUUUGAUAAAGAGACAAGUGUAAAUGUGUGUGUGUGUGUGUGUGUGAAAGGGGGGGGAGGUUCGAAAUGCGAGGGGGAAUUAAAUGUUUUUGAUAUUGCUCAUUGUUUGGAAGUCGUGUGUAUACAUACAUACAUAUAUAUAUAUAUAUUAAUCAACAUUAUUAUCACUUUAACAUCUACUUUUCCAUGCUUGCGUGGGUCAAAAAAAAAUAUAUUCAAGCAGAUUUCUUAUGGCUAGAUGCCUUUCCUGUCAGGUAAUAUUUCCCCCCAUGGCUGGACAUGUUCUCAUAGGAGAGUGCAAAUGAAUGUCACUGCUUGUAAUGAGGGCGACUUUUGUUUGCAACUAUCAUGUGAUGUCAACACACACACACACAAUGAAUGUUUCUCUAUCAAAUCCACUGACAGGGCUUUUACAGUUCUAUAUUUAAAAGAUGAGGAAUUAUUUACAUUUGACAGAUAUUUGUCCUCAUUUUGUUUGUUGUUAACACAAUGUUUUGGCUGAUAUACCCUCCAGCCUUUAUCAGGUGUCUUGGGGAAAUUUCGAACCUGGGUUCUCAUUCCGAAGGUAUUUUUUGUUGUGGUGGUGGUGGUGGUUGUUGUUGUUGUUAUUAUUAUUAUUAUUAUUAUUCAGGUCACUGCCUGGAAUCGAACUCAGAAUCUUGGGGGUUAGUAGCCCGCACUCUUAACCACUACGCCAUAUGCCCGUGCGUAUGCAUAAUAAUAAUAAUAGUAAUAAUAAUAACAUUGAAAAAUACUUUAGGAAUGAGAACCCAGGUUCGAAAUUUCCCCAGGACACCUGAUGAAGGCUGGAGGGUAUACCAGCUGAAAUGUUAUGUUAACAACAAACAAGAUGAGGACAAAUAUCCGUCAAAUGUAAAUAAUAACAGGGCUUUUGUUUACAAUUUGUGUGAUGUCAAAGUAAAGUCACACACACACAUUCUUCUUGAAUGUUUAGCAUGACAGAUUGUUGCAAAAGGUUCAAGUAAAAGGGACCAGUCAAAGUAGCACCAGAGAAGAAUAAUCCGAUAUUCCUCACAAUACUGUAACUCCUGGUAAAUUAACAUGAUAUUCCUCCAUAGCAUGCAAAUUCUAAGUUCCCCAUUUAAGGAAGUUAAUUGAAUCAUUUAGCCGAUUACUCUGUCAAAUGUAAUAUUUAUUCACAGUUUUGAAUUAAUCCUGCAUAAUCUCUGAGCUUUGAGAUAUUUCAAUGAUGUGCUUAUUUUUAUGAUGACAUUGUAGAGUAGGUAUGAUAAACCAGAUCUGGCCAGUUUAAACAAUACAAUAAAAUAUUUCGAUCUGAUAAGACUGGUUUAAAUGCCAAAGGGUUAAUUUAAAUGUAGCUUCAUCUCUCCAAACGAUCUUUUUGGAAAGUGUGUAUCAUCUGCACAUCUGACCAAGAACCACUCAAAAAACUCCACUCUUUAGUUCAGAUCAUCUUCAUUGAGAACAUGGACUAUUCUUGGAGUGUAAUUUUUCCAAUGACAGCACUUCAAAAUGCAACAGAUACUUCAUUUGAAGUGGAGUCAGUUUUUUGUGCCUUAGUUUACUUAGCUGUGUCAAGAAAUAGGUUCCAAGUGAUAUUGUUGGCUGUAAUAGACCAGAUUCAUAUUGAGAGAGAGAGAGACAUACAUCUUUGUUCUGCUUAGCACCAUGAAAGUGGGAAUUACAAACCAGUUCUGUGAGACCGUUUAGCAAAUAUAACCCAGUUAUGCUGCAACAAGCUCAUUAGGAUCAUCAUUUAAUGUCCGUUUUCCAUACCAGCAUGGAUUGGACAGUUUGAUAGGAGCUGGUAAAGCUGGGGGCUUCCCUAGAUUUUGUUGUUUUGACAUGGUUUCUGCACCGGGAUGCCAACCACUUUACAGAGUAUAUUGGCUGCUUUUUACAUGGCACCAAUACCAACAGGGUUACCAAGUAAUUUGCAAGACUAAUAACUGCUCAGUUGCUUGCGAGGGUUCUGUUAUCACCUUGGGUCUUUAGUCCCCAACUUAUUUGUACUACAAAGAAAAUAAAAUCUUUUAAAUAAAUAUUUUCAUAGAAUCAUGUUUUUCUGUAGAGUGCCUUCAUUUAUCCUUUCAUGUUUGAAUUCAUGAAAUUAUAUUUUUAAACUGAAAAUCUGUGUUGGUUUGAUGUGUAUCUUUGAGCAGAAAUUCAUCUGCAUUUUUAGGAAUCAUAAAAUGAUAAUGUUGAAACAGUGGUGUCCAAGAGUUGCUGUUUUCCUGAAUAUUUUGCAGAGUAACUAUCCCUUUCACAUACAAAAACUUACUUGAAUGAACAGAACAAAGCAAUUUCUAAGGAGAAUUGUAAACAUGACUCUCUUUGUAUAGGUGUAGGACCACAUCUAGUUAUCUUGUUGCCAUUUGUGACAAAUCGAGGCCAUGAUCAUACACUUUCAAAUUGAUUUAAUGGUUUUCUGAGUUGUUUGUAUCCCUAUGAUCUUGAGAUUUGUUAACUCGUUAGCGUUCAGAUUACUCUGUCAAAUGUUCUGCUUAUUUAUUCACAUUGUUUUGAAUUAAUCAUUCAUUAUCUCAUGGUUCUGAAAUUUUAAUGUUGCUUAUUUUUAGAAUGACAUUGUAGGAUAGGUGUGAGAGGCUGGAUCUGGCCAGUUUGAACAUAAAACGGAGAGAAUAUUUGGGCUGGAUAUUUUAUCCAGAUAUCUGGAUAAAAAACACAAAUUGUUGAUGACUACAGCAGAAGAGAUGUUCAUAUUUUAGAAUAAAAACUGGUUUUGAUUUA